UCAGGCAGACAGUAUGAGGAAAAUAAAGUUUUUUUUUAACAUUAAAGCAUGUAAAUAUGUUUUAGUCAAAUUGUAAAAUACAAAAAUGAAGCUGAAAAAUAGCAUAAUAUGGGACCUUUAAAUAUAGAAGUUAUCUUCAUGGGGACAUUGUGAGUCAAUUCAGAGGACAUAAAGAUUCUUUUGUUUGCAGGUAUUCAGGUUGUUCAGCAGCCAAGCAUGAGGGGGGUGGGGGGGGUGGGGGGGGGGGGGGGGGGGGGUGUGAAUGCACUGCUAAUGAGUAAAUGUAUUCAAUCAUUUGAAGGCUUGUCUCAAGGAAUAUCUCUCCUGAGUAAUGAUGAAUCCAGGAUGAGUGUCAUUCUUGUAACAAUAAAAGAAAAAAAGCUCGACAUGUCCAGUUGUGACUCUCAAAAGCAUGGAAAUGAGUAGAAAAUAACCAAAGCUCUGAGUGACAAAUCAAAUGGUUGUUGCUGCUGAAUUGAAAUACACUGAAUUACAAAGCCCUGCUGCCAAGGCUUUUCCUUUUUCAUCAUUGUGCUGCCCUCUACGGGUCUUCUUCCAGCCUCCCAUCACUCCCUCCCUUCUCCCUUUUCCAUCCCACCUCCUCCUCCACAUUACCAUACCCCCUUAAAGAGUAUUGCACGCAUUAAAUUGCUUUUCAUUCGUGCACUGUGACAGUCCUGAGAUUGGGGGGAUUUAUGCGUUUUUACACAGGAUUUUCGACCUGCCAUGCAUCAUGUGGUGAUUGUUUCAUAACAUCGCUGGUUUUGCACCAACCGAGAUCAAGUUCCACUAGUUGAAAAACGUUGGUGUUGGUGGGAAGAUAAAGCUUUUGUGCGUGUGUGUACAUCGGAUAUCUUCUGAGGCGAUGCAGGACUGUCUGGAGCAAAAAGGAGGAUCGGAUUCCUGCAUGCAAAGGCUUGGAGGACAGCUGGUCGAUGCAUGGCAAUUGAAAUAAAAAAGAGACCUUGGUACAGAUCUGUACAUAAACUGGUACAAGCUGCACCACUGGCAGCAGCAGCAGCAGACGAGCUGGAGGAUUCGUGCAUCUCUCUCUUCUCUCCUCCAGCUUGCAGUGCGCAUGGAUGAAAGUCACAGUUAAAAUGCAUGCGGCAAGUCGCGUCUGAUGUGGGAUUACUGUGUGCUGUUUUAGUCGCACAAUGCUCGAACUUUGGUUUUGGCUCUUUUUCCGAGAUGAUGCUGCUGCUGAUUUGGAGAAUACAUCAGGAGCCCGUUUCGACGCGCGGGCUGUCACGUUAUUGGCCUGAAUGAGACUGUGUGUUAUGUCUUGUAGAUGCUGUGCUUUAUGGAGCUAAACACAGAGGAGACUUGACUUUAAGUGGGGUUUUUUUGUGGUGUUUUUUUUUUUUUUGGACAGUCGACGAAAAGGGCGGGUUGGUGAAAAUCCAUGUUUUCACUGAAGGUUGGAUGAAAAAGACGGGGGAUUUUUCGGGAUGCUUUGGCGUUCACCGGCAUCAGCACGGUAAGAGGAUGAUGAUUUUUCUCUCUACUGCUCUUAUGUGCUUCUUUUUAUAUGAAGGGGAGCUGUCCAUGGUGCUGAAAUCUGUCUCAGUUGCAUUGAUGAAGUUGAUCCUGAUUUAAGAUGCUGAAUGUCUGCAGGCUGCUUAUUGCAACAAUAUAGCAACAUAUUCGUUCCAGAAUCACAGCACAGGUAUAUAUAGAUGGACGCACUGGAUUCCAAGUUCUCCACAUUCUAUAUUCUAUAUUCGAUGUGCAUUUCUUCAUGUUAUCAAAUAGGAAAAGAAAAAAAAAAACAUGAAAGUGGAUGACUUCGAUUCUUGUGUGUUUUUUUUUUUAAAUAAAUGCGCAUAUUUAGGCAGAUUUAUAGGCUUUUUUUGUGGUGUCUUUUUUUCGAGGAGCGCACACAAACACUGGAUGUGUGUGUGGGUGCGUGCGUGUGCGCGCUCACGCGGAGAGAGAGAGAGAGAGAGAUGGAGAGAAAGAGAGAGAGAUAUCUGUAACCUUCUAUAUAGCAGAUGCCAUACAGAAUACUUGAUUAUACAAUUAUUUACCCCUCCUUCCGUCAAAAUGCUAUUUGGAUCCGCCAUGAGAUCAACACCACUUGCUUAUUCGCCUUUGAUCAACUCCUCUCGUGUCUUUUUUUCUCGCCCGUGGGCAGAAGAAAGGCUGCGACUGUCGCCUUGUAGGCUGAUGAUAUUCAACAUUUUUUCUAUCGCAUGCAUGCAGGCCGGAUUUUAAGAUGGACUGCUUCUUCUUCACUCAGCCGAUUCCUUUAUGAGAGCAUUUUGAUAAUCAUAAUAUAAAUCCUCAUGUUGUUUGGAUGGAGGUGGAGAGAAGGGAGCCCUCAGUUUCCCCCUCAAGUCGUCGGGUAUGUGAGGGAUGACACUUCAUACUGGCACCGCACUUGAGUGAGCUGGCUGGGGCACCCUCUCCCAGGACAAAAUGCAUAUCUGGAUCCUAAAAAUAAUCCUUCUGAUUGCAUCAUCUCUGAGGCUGGUCGAGAUGUAUGACAAUUAUGGGGAGAUCUGCCGGAACCUGUGCACGUGCGAGGAGAAGGAAGGGGUCCUGACGGUGAGCUGCGAGAACCGGGGCAUCAUCCGGCUGACGGAGAUCAGCCCCGUCCACUUCUCCGUGUACCAUCUACUGCUGACGGGGAACCUCCUGAAGAAGCUGUCAGUCAACGAUUUCAUCAAUUACACUGGGGUGACCAUCCUGCACUUGGGGAACAAUGACAUCUCGGAGAUAGAGUCGGGUGCCUUCAAUGGACUCCAGGGAUUAAAACGGUUGCACCUGAAUAACAACAAGAUAGAAGUCAUGAGGGAUGACACCUUUGCGGGACUGGAGACUUUGGAAUACCUUCAGAUUGAUUAUAACUACAUCAUCAAUAUAGAGCCCAGCUCCUUGAGCAAACUGCACCAACUGACGGUGAUGAUUUUGAACGACAACCUGCUCUCCGCCCUGCCCACCAACAUCUUCCGGAAUGUCCCCCUUACGCACUUGGACCUGAGGGGGAACCGACUAAAGAUGUUCCCCUACAUCGGCCUCCUGGAGCACAUGGACAAAGUCGUGGAAUUACAACUUGAGGAGAACCCGUGGAAUUGCUCCUGCGAGCUGAUCGCUCUGAAGGCUUGGCUGGAGAGCAUAUCCUACACGGCUCUGGUGGGAGAGGUGGUGUGCGAGACGCCGUUCAGGCUCCACGGUAGGGACCUGGAUGAGGUGUCGAAGCAGGAACUCUGCCCAAGAAGGCCCCUGGAAGAAACAAACAGGCCUGCACCACCUAGCAGCACCAAUGGAUAUUACCAGACCAUACCUAGUGCGGUCACCGCCUCCGCCACCUCCUCGGCUGUUAGGUACUCCACCAGGCCUACCAAGAGCACAUGGCGAUUUAACAAAACUAGGGCAAAGCCCACUCCCCGAAUAUCAAUCCCCAUAAUCGCUAUUCAGACCAAAUCUCCUGUGCCUUUGGACUGCCCCUCUGCCUGUACGUGCAACCUGCAGAUAGCUGAGAUCGGGCUGACCGUCAACUGCCAAGAGAGAAAAAUUGAAAGCAUUUCUGAUCUGAAACCCAAGCCAUACAAUCCUAAAAAAAUAUUUCUCACUGGAAAUUACAUCCCUGUUGUGCGGAGAUCAGAUUUCGUGGACGCCGUUGGAUUGGAUUUGCUUCACCUGGGGAACAACAGGAUAAGUCUGAUCCACGACCGGGCUUUUGGGGAUUUAACCAUGCUGCGUAGGCUGUAUUUAAACGGUAAUCUCAUGGACAGGCUUACAGGAGAGAUGUUUUUUGGUUUGCAGAACUUGCAGUAUCUUUAUUUAGAGUACAACAAAAUCAAGGAGGUCGAAGCGGGCACGUUCCGCUACCUCCCCAAUCUCCAGCUGCUUUUCCUCAACAACAACCUCCUGAAAACCUUACCCGUGGGCAUCUUUUCCAGCCUCACCCUGUCUAGGCUUAACCUGCGCAGCAACAGCUUCCAAAACCUGCCUGUGAGUGGCGUUUUAGAUCAACUCAAAGUUCUGGUGCAGAUAGAUCUGUUUGAGAACCCCUGGGACUGCUCCUGCGACAUCGUGGGAAUGAAGAUAUGGCUGGAGCAGCUCAGCGCGGGCACCAUGGUGAACGAGGUCAUGUGCGAGACGCCGAGGCGCCACACGGGAACGGACGUGUGCACUAUCCAGUCGGAGCAGCUCUGCCCGGACUACUAUGACGCUUACGUCUCGCCAACGCCCCCUACGGAGGAGCCCAUGGACGACCGUGUUGUGACCACGGAUGCCCCGCAGAAGUUCAACAACCCCAGCAGCACCGUCCCCCUCUCUGUCCUCAUCCUCAGCCUCCUGCUCGUUUUCAUCAUGUCCGUCUUUGUGGCCGCAGGGCUCUUCGUUGUGGUGAUGAAAAAGCGCAAAAAGUCCCAGAGCGACCGCACUAGCACCAACAACUCAGACGUCAGCUCUUUUAACUUGCAGUACAGCCUCUACAGCAAUCGCUCCGGCCCAAAAGUGAAGGCCCCAGUCGGGCACGUCUACGAGUACAUCCCCCAUCCCAUGGGGCACAUGUGCAAAAACCCCAUUUACAGGUCACGCGAAGGCAACACAGUGGAGGAUUACCGUGACCUCCAUGAGCUCAAGGUGACGUACAGGAGUACCCCGGAUGACGAGAGGGAUAGCAGUACGAUGAGGAGCCCUACGUACAGCGUUAGCACCAUCGAGCCACGUGAGAACCCCUCCCCUGUCCCGGAUGCAGACCAUUUCUUCAGAGCCAUCCUUGAUCACGAUAAGCAGCCCCAACAUCCUUCAAUCCCGUCCAUCCCGGCAGGCGCCAAUUUAGAGUACAAGUACACAGGGCCUGUGUCGUACACGUACAACCCAAAUUUUGAUGUCAGACGUCAAUUCUUGCACCCGGAGAGGAUAAGAGAAACAGUGCUCUAUGGCACGGCGCCCAGUACUGUUUAUGUCGAGCCCAACAGAAACGAGUACUUGGAGCUAAAAGCUAAACUGCAGUCCGAGCCCGAUUACCUCGAAGUUCUUGAGAAACAGACCACCUUUAGCCAGUUCUGAGCAACAGAAUCAGUAAUGUAAUGAAGCAUUUUCUCUCUUGACCCUCCUUGAAACACUUUAUAGGGUGCCUUGGUUGGCACAGCAAGCAAAAGGAGUUUAAACGGGGUGUGCCGAACAAUCUUAUUCUUAUUUCUGAAACAUGACAUUACAGGAAUGGAUACAGCUUUCUGAAACACGGAUGAACAAAAAUUGCUUAACUGAUGAUGCAAAAUCUAUUUUUCUAUGGUGAAGAUCGAAUAACACACAAAAAUGUAAGUGUACAGGUAAAUCUUACCCAACUUCAUUUUCAGGAAUAUAACCAUACAUAAGGUAUAUUGUGAAUCAGAAAAAGAAAUGUUUAUAAAAAUCACUCCCGGACAAAAACACUGUACAGCAGAUCAUCGAAACUGUGUAGGACUAUUUUCUGCUGUAGUCUGUAAGUAAGUAUUUAUUGAUAUAAUCUGCCAUGUCUUUUCAAAACUUUUUGAUUCUACAUCAAUAUUACCUGUGUCAUCAUUACUCCAUGAUCCUCUGGAAAAAAAGGCUUAUGUUUGUAGUUUCAUUUACUGUAGCUCUGCAUUGUAAAAGUGGCUUUUUUUUUUUUUGGAAAGUGGCACACCCCCAAUGUUCAAAAAAAAAAAGACUGCGUCAUUUGAAGAAGAUGAAGAAAAAAAAAGUGUCUUUGUAUGCUUUCUGCACUUUUUGGAAUUGGAAGGCGGGUUAGCCUUCAAUGAGCUCUCAUAAAGGAGAUUAUUAUAUUAAAAAUGAAUAUGGGUAUUCAUUCUUAAUAUGUAGAACAAAAUUCAUAAAUGAUAUUUGAAGUAUUAAUUCUGUUGUGUAAUACUGAUAUUUUAAUCAAUGUAACACCUAUUUUUAUACGAGCGUUCGCAGAUUCUCUAUCCCUUAUCGACUUUAUUUGUUUCGAUUGCUUUGCACUUAUUGCACUAUAUUGACCAAACUAUGUUAUUGUCAUCAAAUAAACAUGAUGUCAGGUUCAUAUAAUGUGCUUAUGAGGAAAAUUAAGGCUGGUUGGUUAUGAUGUGAAGGAGGCCAUUUGGGUUUGGUCCAAUAUGUUUUAACAUUCAGAAAUUGGAGUACUUGAAAAGAAGGCUAAAAGGGAUUUUGAAAUCAAAAUGGCAAUCCAUUGGCUGGUAAGAAUUGGCCACCUUGUGGACUCAAUCAAAGCAGAUAAAGAUAUAUAGUGUAUGUGCCUCACUCUAAGGGGCAGCUAGUGUCUCAGUUAGUUUUGGAAUCAAUGGGUUUCAAUCAAUGAGCAUUAUCUGAGGAUGUCCCUUUGCAAUUACGCCACGACAACGGCGUCCACGUUACCGCCUUGCAGCCCAUGAUAUGAUCAUUUAUAUAUUGGAGUUGAAAUUAAAAGCCGUUUUAGCAAUCUGA